UACGUGCGAUUUAGCGUCCGUGCAAUCUAGGUAUGUGUGUCUGAACAUCUAUAUGUGAGCGCGUCUUUUCGUUCGCUUCGCAUUCGCUGUCUUCAACUGCAUUGGAACAACUGCAUCUAAGAUAAAAUACAUCGGAAUAACAGGCGCACACUUCCAGCGCUUCAACUCCACAGACUCAUUCAGUCACACUGCCGUCAGCGCCUAACAUUAACGUCGACAAUGCUAGCAACACUUGCUUCCACUUCUCAGCCUCACAGACCGGAACUGUCUGCUAGAACACCAGUGAUGAUCCGUUACUGAUAUACAUACAUACAUACAUACAUACAUACAUACAUACAUAUAUAUAUAUAUAUAUAUAUAUAUAUAUAUAUAUAUAUAUAUAUAUAUAUAUAUAUGGGUGUGUAUGCUUGUAUAUUAUGUAUGUGUGUGUAAUAUUUUAGACAACAAAUCUCACGAAAUGACAGUUGAAAAAAAAACAUAAUAAAUAUCUCAAAAAAUAAUAGUUUGAACAAUUUAAAAAUUAACACUCGCACUUGUGUACUUACAAAUCAACGUAUUCAAGCUCACUGCCACCACAGAUACACAUACACACACACACACACACACACACGAUAUAUAUAUAUAUAUAUAUAUAUAUAUAUAUAUAUAUAUAUAUUAUAUAUACAAAUACACACACAUACACACAUAUAUCGUCAUCACGGAUACAUCUUUUAUAUAUUAUUACAUGAUUGACAUCGGGAGAAAAAUAAAUUGUACUUUUCGCGUAUAAGAUUUAAUUUCUAUUUGUUAGUUUUUCUAUAUAAAUUACAAUAAUCGAUUAGACUGUGCCAUAUAUUUAUAUUGUAUAUUAUAUAUUUCCCGAUUGAUAAAGUAACCUCAUACACACACACACACACACACACGCUCACAAACUCAUGAAAACACAUAAAGAAGAAUUGAUCGAUUAGUUUAGCCGUUUAUCUGUUAGAUGUCAGUUUGUCUAUUCUAGUUCUGAAUGACUUGUUUUGUGAUUUCGGAAAAGUUGUCAUUAACGCAACUUUUGUUGUGGAGAUAGUUUGCUACAGAGCUGCAAAUAAUGCCGACUGCACAAUUACCUCCACCGCUGAUAGAAUCACAACAGAAACAACAACAUCAACAGAUUUUUUUCCAAUAUCACCGUCGCAUCAACAUGUAUACCACACACGGCCAAAAGUAGUGGCGAUGUUUAGCUAAAAAUACAAACAAAAUAAUUGGAAACACCAUAUUUCUCCUACACAAUCUGUUUAAAGUUUACAGAGAUGGCUCUGCGACUCUUAGUCCCUUGGUUUCUAUUUCUACAUUGUUCUUCUAGAGUAGAAUGCAAAACUGUGAACAUCGUGGUGAUUUUACCGACCAACGAGCAAUGGCUAUUUUGUCUCCAGCGUGUUUUACCCGCAAUAAGACUCGCCAUGGACAAUCUUCCAAAAAUAUCAAAUUUGACAUUUUCGGUCAAGUCUGGAGAUUCGAAGUGUUCAAUAGCACAUGGCAUAAAAGCAUCUAUUGAUUUAUACAUGCAAACCCAAAUUGAUGUUUUUUUUGGACCCGUUUGCGAUUAUGCCGCUGGACCCUUGGUGCGACAAGCAAAAUUUUGGAAUAUACCAGUAAUUACAGCUGGUUCAAUGGCAAUGGACUUUUCGAGCUACCGUUUUGAAACCUAUCCUACUUUGACUCGAGUUGGUCCAGUAAACUUCAGUAGCCUUUUCACAUUCUUCCUUCGACUUUUCAAAUCCUAUGAAUGGACACGGUUUGUGAUACUUUAUUCAAAAUCAGCAUAUUCCAAUAUUGUCACCAACAUGUGUCAUUUAACUAUAGAAGCACUUCAUUAUAAUUUCAUGGAAAAACGCUCUAUCUAUCAACAAAGACUGUUCAAGUAUGACCCUGGAGUGGAUAUUAACCGGAUGCUUCAAGAGGAGGUCACUGACAUGUAUGCAGAGAAGAAAAGAUUAAAGUUACAGACGUUUGAGAGAAGGUGAAAACCAUAAUGCCGA